AUGUCACGCUUCCCUCUUCUCCGUCUUCCUAAUCUACCUCUUUUGAAUUGUAUUCAAUAUCUGAAAGUAUUCGAGAUAAUCGAUUUCUCUCUUCUCUCAAAACGAACAAAGGCCCUCGUCUCACUUGUCAACUGGAAUCAUCCAGAUAUUCAUGCGAAUUUCUAUGAAAACUCGAAACUUUGUCUGAAAUUUCCAAACGAUCCAGGUCUGCAAUGGAUCUUAGACUUCCGUGUUGAAUUGGAUGAUGAAUUGGAUCAUAACACUAGAGUGAUCGAUGGAAAUCAGUUUCCAUCAUACAUUGAUUCAGCUCUCCACGGUCCGAAAGCAUUUCAUUAUCUCACAUUUCCAAAUGAUGACAAUUUUGAAACAAUGCAAAAAAUGGCGGAACAUGUUUCAGUGAUAUUCAGAACACCGAUCACGAGUCUUUCAACUAACCGACUAAAUGAUCAGUUGACAAUGUCAAUUGUGAAAUGGUUGAGUACAUUACAACCAUCAGUUGUAGAUCUUGAUAUUGAUACAACAGAUGAUAUAACUGCUCCCACUUUGUUGUGUAUUCUAGAUAAUAUCAAAGUGACUGAUCACUUUAGUUUGGAUUCGAAAACGAAUUGGAUGAUGAAUUGUAUACAACUAGAGCAAUCGAUGGAAACCAGUUUCCAUCAUACAUAG